GAGACAGAUAUAAUAAAGUCUCUCCAUUAUCACCUCUGUAUACCUCCUCUUUAUCUUCUCUCUCCCUCAUCCUCUUGGCCCACACAAAGAUUCCUUAUGCUCCUUCUCCACCAUGUAGCCUUUUCCUCUCUCUCUCUCUCUCUCUCUCUCUCUCUCUCUCUAGGUACCAGCUUUAGUUGGAUAUAUCAUAUAUAGGAGUAGGACCACCACCACCCUCUCUAGCCCACUUCUCCCUGUUCACCUUUUUCAUUCAGAUGGCUACCACUCUUCUAAUUUAGUUGCUGUGGCUCCUCUCUUUCUCUCUCUCUCUCUCUCCUAACAUGUAAUAAAGCUGUAAUUCUUUAUGGUCGAGCCUCUCCAAUGGCGCAGCAGUCCUGCUUCUUCCCCCUGCGGUGGGAGAGCACGGGGGACCAGUGGUGGUACGCGUCGCCGAUCGACUGGGCGGCGGCGAACGGCCACUACGAGCUGGUGCGCGAGCUCAUCCUCCUCGACGCCAACCUCCUCAUCAAGCUCACCUCGCUCCGCCGCAUCCGCCGCCUCGAGACCGUCUGGGACGACGACGACGGCGGCGCGCGCUUCGCCGGCGUCGCCAAAUGCCGCGCGGCCGUCGCGCGCAGCCUCUUCCACGAAUGCGAGGGCAAGAGCCAGAAGAAUUCCCUGAUCAGGGCAGGCUACGGCGGGUGGCUCCUCUACACCGCGGCUUCGGCCGGGGACGUCGGGUUCGCCCGCCGGCUGCUCGACAAAAAUCCCCUGCUGGUUUUCGGGGAAGGGGAGUACGGCAUUACCGAUAUAUUCUACGCGGCCGCGAGGGGGAAGAAUUCCGAACUUUUCAGGCUCCUGCUCGAAUUCGCCGUCUCGCCGCGGUGCUCGACGGCGGACGACGGAUCGGGCGGCAGCGCCGGUGAUUCGGAUUUCAGGCGGGAGGUGGUGAACAGGGCAGCGCACGCGGCGGCUAGAGGGGGAAGUCUGGAGGUGCUGAGAGAGCUACUUGAGAAAUGUCCGGACGUCUUGGAGUUCAGGGAUGUUCAGGGAUGUACCGUCUUGCAUGCCGCCUCCGGCUGCGGCCAGACUGAGGUUGUCAAGUAUCUAGUGGCUUCUUUUGACAUGAUAAACGCUAGAGACAAUCAGGGCAACACAGCGCUACAUGUAGCAUCCUUUCGCGGACACUUAUCAGUUGUCGAGGCCUUAAUUGCGGCGUCUCCCUCAUUGUUACUGUUGAAAAAUGAUGCCGGGGAUACUUUUCUUCAUAUGGCAGCGGCCGGCUUUAGAACCCCUGGGUUUCGGAGGCUCGACCGCCAAAUGGAACUCAUGAAGCAACUCAUCUGUGGAAAAUUUAUCGAUUUAAACGAAAUUAUCAAUAUCAAGAAUCACGAGGGGAGGACCAUCUUUCACGUGGCUGUGAUUGAUAAUUUACACCCGAACCUCGUCGAACUCUUAAUGAGCAUCCGAUCGAUUGACCUCAAUGUUCGCGAUAAUGAUGGAAUGACCCCAUUAGAUCUGCUUAGACAACACCCUCGGUCGGCAUCAUCUGAGAUACUGAUCAAGCAGUUGAUCUCUGCGGGCGGAAUCUCAAAUUUCAGGAACCAAAUUGCGAAAUCGGCCAUCGCUUCGCAACUAAGGAUGCAAGGAAGUGGGAACAGUCCUGGUACUUCUUUUAAGAUUUCAGAUGCAGAGAUUAUUUUCUACACGGGUAUAGUCGAGAAAAUGGAAACAAGUGGAAGGCCUAGUUCGUGCUCAAGUACUACUAACAAGAGUGAACUUGCCCAUCUUAGCACAAAUGGCGAAGGACAUAAGAUUUUGGAAAAAGGUGAGAAUUCGGUAAAUAAAGCAGCGAAUCGACUGAAGAUUCUGCUAAGGUGGCCUCAUCGAAAGGAAACGAAAAUUGGGGCGCCAAAAAAACCGGGAGAUAAUGACUCGUUGGAUUCAUUGAAGAGAUUUAGCCAAAGUGUGGAUAAUAACACCCCUACUCCCUUACGACAGCGUUUCUCGAAGCCAACUUCACUUCUCAACAAUAAAAGAACUCUCGCAGUUCGAAAUUCAAUGCUAAGUAGUCCGUCCACGAAAAAGAAGUACACUGCGGGACUAAUGCACGGUGUGAUUCAAGCCAUGCCCCAUCUGGCUAACACUCCGCGAGCAUCAUCUAACUCUUUCUCGAGGGCGUCGAUGUCUUCUCCACCCUCAGUUAAGAGUAAAGGCAUUUGCUUGGAUAGUGAAACAACUGGCGACGUCGCCUCUUGUUCGAAUUCGGCAGUAAAUAGUAAUAACAUGAUGGAUAACUCAAUGAAUAAAUCUGGUUUUACGAAUAGCGGAGUCAAGAAACACUACUUAUGUUUUGGGUCACGAGGAUUAGCCGUCGAGGAGGGUUCAUCUACUGGGCAACGAAUCAUUCAGACGUUCAAGCGGUCGCUUCUCUCAGUGGCCUAAUACACCAACUUGUGAAGGAACCAGACAUUGAAUUAUCGUGCGUAGUUAACAUGGUCAAUAGUCUACUUAGGUAGACCUUAUCUGGGUAUGUCAUUAUUAGCGUCGUAUGUUAAUUUUCCGAGUGUUUGUUGGAGGUUUGCGUGUAGGUUGUGUGUAUGAUGUAAAUGUGCUAAUACAAAAAAAAGGUUGCGGAUUCUGUUUCUAGGCUUUUCUAGCUGAUAACUGUUCUUCUGAAAUUCUACCUUGUACUUGGUGUAAUUUGUAUGGAAGAGCAUCUUGUAGUUUGUUAUGUUUGUCA